CACAAAGAUAGAAUCAUGGCAAUCACUGCCUUGGAAAGCUCCAAGCAAAACACCUUCUGAGCUUUAAGGGGAGGGACAUGCUCAUAGAUGCAAAAUCUUCAUGGCUAAGUUUUGGCACAGGCUGGGAGAUGCUUCAUGAUGGAUAAAGCCAUUCAGAAUCCUAGUGAGAUUUUAUCUAAUAGAUCUAUCUCAAACAGCAGCUAUUCCCAGUUUUUUAACUUUGAUACGUGCCAACCUUCCUUCCCUGUGGUAUCCUUGCUUAUUACAGCCUACACAGUGGUUACAACAGUGGGGCUUUUUGGAAAUCUUUGCCUCAUUGUUAUAAUAAAGAGACAGAAAGAAGUUCAAAAUGUUACAAACAUUUUGAUUGCCAACCUCUCUUUAUCAGAUGUCUUGAUCUGCAUCAUGUGUAUUCCCGUCACAGUUGCAUAUACUUUAAUGGACUACUGGAUAUUUGGGGAAGCUGUGUGUAAAAUAAGCUCCUUCGUACAAAGUAUAUCUGUCACAGUCUCCAUUUUCUCACUUGUCCUGAUUGCUAUCGAGAGAUACCAGUUAAUUGUGAAUCCACGUGGCUGGAAGCCUAAUAUUUCACAUGCCUACUGGGGAAUCAUUUUCAUCUGGUUUCUUUCCCUUGUAAUAUCCAUUCCUUUUUUAAUAUUUCACCAAUUAACUGAUGAACCCUUCAAGCAUCUAUCUUUCCAUAGUGACUUCUAUAAGAACAAAGCGGUGUGCAUCGAAGCCUGGCCCUCUGUUACAGAACGACUGAUUUUCACCACUAGUCUGCUGGUUUUCCAGUACUGCUUGCCCCUGGGGUUUAUUUUUAUCUGCUAUCUCAAGAUUUUUGUAUGCCUCCGGAGGAGACACAGUAAAAUAGAUAGGAUGAGAGAGAAUGAGAGCAGACUGAGUGAAAACAAAAGGAUUAAUAUGAUCUUGAUAUCAAUUGUUGUGACCUUUGCAGCUUGCUGGUUGCCUCUCAAUAUAUUCAAUGUUGUUUUUGACUGGAACUAUGAGGCACUGAUGAGCUGCAAUCAUAAUUUAGCAUUUACACUGUGCCACCUUGUGGCCAUGAUCUCAACGUGUAUCAAUCCCAUCUUUUAUGGGUUUCUCAACAAGAAUUUUCAGAAGGAUUUGAUAGUAUUAGUUCACCGCUGCAGAUGCUCAACAUCACAAGAGGAAUAUGAAAACAUUGCCCUUUCAAAUCUGCACACUGAUGUAUCUAAGGGAUCCCUGAAAUUAAACACUCCCCCUGUGGAUAUCUAAAAUAAUCCAGCAGCAGUUUCCAAAAUUUUGUAUUUUGUUGCAGAUGACCUUUUUCUAUAGGUCUUGAUCCUGUUACCACUGAAGUUAAAGGUGGUUUUUGCCAUUUAAUUCAGCAAAACUGGGAUUACGCUCCCAAAGGCAUACUGUUAGCAGGUACUUUAUGAUAUCAUUAAUGCUUAAAAAAAAAAAAAAGAAGAAAAAAAGAAAAAAAAAAAGCCCGCACUUCCAUGAGUCUUAAAGAUCAAUAAUAAGGAAUUAUCAACAGUAUUAACAUCUUACUUUUUAAUCCACAAUUUCCAGGUCACUGACAUACUACCUUAGACCCACUGAUGAUGAUCCCUAAGCCUCCACCAAUAUCUUCCUUUCAACCACCACACAGUUUACUUGGGGUUGAUACCAGUUCAGACUAGAAAUUGAACCUGAACACGAGAAAAGGCUAGAGUUGGAUUUUUUUUUGUUAAAUGAGCACUAAUACAGGCCCCAUUUGAUGUUCAGCAAAUUCACCUCAGAUAGCUGCUGUUCAAGAUGAGAUACGUACUUAGCAUUUCUCCUAAAAGCAUUGUAUUCUCCUCCAAACCACCAGAAGAGAUCAUUGCUUUUUCUGUUAUCAUCAUCACCGGCCUUUAAAACAGACCUUUUAGGAUCUCCAUUAUGAAACAGACAUGCUAUGAAUUCAGAGUAACUCAUUUGUUUCUUCUACUUAUUCAGGUUAUGGGUUUUUCUUUGAAUAGAAAAUUAGUUUUGUGCUUUAAUUUCAAAAGUAUCUUUUCCCACAUCUCUGCACUAGCAAGAGAUCGCACUUGAGGCAAAUGCGGUUGUUUCUGUUUGGCCAUGUUUGAAAACAGCUUCUCCUGUAAUGCAGUGCAUGGAAGUCCAAAGAUGUAGCAUUGAAUACAACUUCUCUCCAACGAAAACAUAUUAAAAAUCAUUUUCCAGUUUGGUCAUAAAAGUUAAACAAACAUCCUAGAAGUCAACUUGCUUUCUCUCGUCCAAGUCAUAUAAAUGUAAUUGUCUGCAUUGCUAAAGCCCUUUUCUCUUCUGAGUUUAAAAACAAAAAGCCUUGUUUUAACAUUUGUGUGUAAAAUUCCUUGCAAUUUAUUCCUUAACUUGAAAAAUUUACUUAAGCAAAAAGAAUUAAUGUUCAGAUUAAAAUCAGAUCCUUGAUGUUUCAGCUACGACAAAACUUACCUUAAGGAUACAGAAUUCCCUUGGAUAGGGACCAGCCUUUUCUGUAUUCAUAGAGUCCUUAAAAGAUUCAGUCAGGUCAUAGUUCCCUUGUUCUGCUUCUACAUUAGUGCAGUCUGUCAGCAUCACAGUACUCAUCAGAGGAACUGUGAGAAGAGCCUCACAAGCUCUUACAAAAAUGCUGGAUUGGCAAGUGCUUCCUGAUUCCUGCUGAGCAAGAAGACCUCACUGAAACCUAUUAGGGCCUGAUCCCACUGAAGUCCUGAGCCAGUGGUACUCACAAGAGUCAGAGUGAAAGAACUAGUGACAAGGUAAUCAAGUAUUUGAGUUACAAGUAUGAAUUAGUUUUGGAAUAAAAUAGCAUGUUUUUUCUAAUCAGAUUAAAUAUAAUGCAUGUGAAGUAGAGUGCAUUAAUACACAGCUUAAACACCUGCUUUGUGUGUUACAGAAAGAAAACCAGGAGACAGCUACAGACCUCGUAACAAUGAUGAUCUGACUAUUAAGUGUACCUUAGUAUUAAUUAUUUCCAUUAACUCCAGCCCUCAGUCAGUUAAAUCACUGGGCUCCCUUUACUGCUGAUGCCCACCAUCUGCUUGCCCAGCGCAACAGGCGUUUAAGCAAGCAGCAGGCAGCGCCUCGCAGCCAGCGCCGCUGCUGACACGCCGUGCGCAAACAGCGCGCCUGCUGCGUGCUCCUGGUGAUGGGGACGUGAUGGAGUUUGUUCCCUGCUACACAGGGUGGGACUUCAGGGUAAAGUAAUUACCUCCGUGCCACUUGCUUAACUGAGAGCAAAUGUGAUUCAGGAAUUUAAAUUCUCUUGGAGACUCCAGUGCCCUACAGAAAGCCAUCUGAUAUAGUCAGAUCGCUCGCUGAACAGAGCGCUGCAACAAGUUACGGCAGCACAGCCGCUAGAAGCUGGGUUACCAGCCAGCUUGCUCUGAAUUUGGGACACCAGUCUCUGUCUACCACAGUCUCUCUCAUACUUGAGCACUGUUUACAGCUUCAGGACCCGUGAUUAAAACAAUUCACAAGCACAUGACGUUCACGAUAUACUCCAAUUCAUCAGUAUUUGACACGAAAGUUAAGAUCACUCUGCUCUCCUUGUGGCAAACAGCUCAGACAGGAUUUAGUGUUUGAAUGAGGCCCAGCUGAGAUUCCCGUGCCUGAACUUGGCCUAAGUGGCUCCCAUACCAGUGCUGCCAUCCCACCGACACGCUCAAGUCUGCUUAGAUUUACAGUAAAGGUGUUUUUAGUUUCAGGCCCAAAAAUGGUUUAAAUACAGCCACGGAAUAAACGCUACUCUAAAUUAUAUGGUCAGAAGGCCAGCAGAACCUCUUGUGACCUCAAGGCCAGGAGUGCUGCUGGGUGGCCUCCCCUCACUGUCUCUCUGUAAGUGCUUAGGCAGUGCAUUUCUGUGACAUGAAAUGGUUAGUGAAAAAAAAGGUUACCAUCGCUUUUUGUGACAUCACUUGUCUAUUCCUGACAUCCUGAUCGGAGUUUAAGCAAUCAAUUUUUCCAGUCUGAUUCUUGGCAUAAGAGGGUUCUUCGUUACCAGGUGGAAGCUCUCUGAGCAGCGAGCCUGCUUCACAAUCCAACGCGAAUAAUAACACUUGUGCCUUGAUUUCUUGUCAUUUCUUCCUUACACUGUCAUUUGACUCAAGUGCUGAUACUCCAUGUUUGUUCUGAGCUUUCAGUUAUCAAGUAUCUCUUCUCUUAAUGCUGUACUUUUAAAAUUCACGGCUAAAUGAACCGAGUACCAUCACUGCGUGAAGACGUCACCCUCCAUGCUGUACGUUCUCUUAUUACAUCCACUCACUUUAUAUGCAGUCUGAUUUCUAAUUUCCAGACAAAUCAAUGGGAGCGAAUUGACUUUAAUAGGAAUAAGAUCAGACAAAAAGUUACUUAUUUUUAAUACAUAAGCAUUAUGGACUCCAAUGUGACGUGUGACAGUGACACAUGUACUGUGCAAUAUGAAAUACUUAAAAUGGCUCAAGUCACAAUGUUGAAAUGGCAAAUGUUGCCCCGUACUAGGGAAUGGUGAAAAAAAAAUUUUCCCUUAUGUUAUUGGUAUAAAGAGUCGAUACCGUUUUAACAACCUUGCUCACCAGAAUGUUGUUACUUGAUGUAAUCUAGUGGAGCUCUGAGAGCUUCCUCGGGGGAGCAGAAACAUGGAAAUGAAUAUAGGAAGCUAGACGGGGGUACCUGAACUCUCAAAUGCUCUCAUAAUGUACAAACAAAUUCUUAGCAGUGAUGUUUAAAAAAAAAAAAAAACUUGCAUCAGAGCUUCGUUCAAGUGGUUCGGUCAGGUAGACCAUAACCAUAUAUUUAUAAACAUCCUUGUAAAUGAAUAUAUCCUUAUGUGUAUUUGUAUUUUAUGGUUGAUUGGUUUAACUGUAAGCACAUGUAACUAGAGUUAGAUACGUGGAAAAUGACGUUUAUUGUGAAAAUGAUUCUGUAGAACAGAGAGCUCAGUUGAUUAUCGAUUGUGAUUGUGUAUGUAUGCAGUGCCAAUGAUGUGUUAUUUAAAUACAUUGAUUCCUCCUGUCUACUGACAAAUAAAUAUUACCCUGUAUAAAACUGCUGCAUUACCCAGCUGGUAAAUAUUAUUGCUUAUAAUAUUACUAGAAC